CGGAUGGAUUCAUAACACAGUGCUUUGGACAUCGUAUUCGUCUCUCUACAUGCAACACGAGAGAGAAAAAAAUCAAUUCGACGCGUACUGAAGUUUUGUGAACCGACCUUUUCGUUCAACACCGUGUGAGACUUUUAUUUUGAUUUUCCUGAUUCGGCUGCAAAUAAUACUGAACAAUGGAUUCAACACUGCAACACAAUGAAGACACUCAAGCCAAUCGCUUGAUAAAAUUUGGCAUGCGAAUGGGUGUCAGUGCUGCUUUACAUCCUUUUGAAUAUGCCAAAGUGUUGAUACAGAUUGGUUAUGAACCCAUCGCGCCACAACCUGGCAAAACAUUUCUUGGACGACCGGCGAUGAUCUUGCCAAACAUCUUUCAAUACGUGAAACAUAUUAAGAAGGUCGACGGUUUGGCAGGAUGUUAUCGCGGUUUGACACCAAAAUUGGUCGGUUCAGUGAUUGGUGUAAUUGGCAGCAAGAGAGUAGCAGAAAAAUUUGGCCUCGACGAUAACGAUGACAAUGAAAGCAAAGAUGAUUCGGAACUCACCGAAGAAGAAAGCUAUGAACGAUUCCUGAAGAGUCUGAAACGCGAUUUGAUAUUGCAUGCAUCGGGCAUCAUCAUUACACACCCGUUUCAAGUCAUUUCGAUUCGAAUGAUGGCACAAUUCGUUGGGCGUGAAACUAUUUACAAAUCGAUUUGGUCAUCAAUAAAGGAAAUAUUCGGGCAAGAGGGAUUGUUCGGCUUCUUUUCCGGAUUGAUUCCGAAAUUAAUUUGUGAUUUGACAUGCAUUGCACUCACCAGCACAACAUGUUAUCUCGUCAACAAGUACUAUAUUAGCGACCAAGGAAAUCGCACAUACUUCGCUGGAUUCAUUCAAUUCGUCUACGCAAGUGUUUUGUAUCCAAUUCAAGUCGUUUCGACCUGCAUGGUUGUCACUGGUUCAAGACUUCAAGCUGGUUCCCCACCUCAUAUGCCCGUAUACAAGAACUGGUCGGAUUGUUUGACUCACCUGAAAUCAACUAAUCAACACAAACGUGGUAGUUCCUUAUUCUGGAGAUAUUAUCAUCCACAAAUUCGCACCGAUUCAUUCGUUCCAUACCCAAAAUUGUCAAAGUACUGAGGGACAUAACACAAGCGAAAUCCCACAAUUUUGAUUCACAUAAAUGGCAUUUAAUUCCUCAACGCCGCUACAGGAUUGGUUGUGUGACAGCCGAAUUUGAAAUAAACUCACAUUAGUCAAGCAUUUGUUGGUAGUGUUCUGAGUAUUUGAGAACAAUGUUUCCAAAGAAAAAUAUUCUAUUUUUAUUAAAAAUGAAAAAUGCAAAUGUUAAAAAAUGCAUACAACUGGGGUUUUUCUUAUCUUUAUGUUCAAUGUUUUUCUUGGUUUCACAUAUCGCAUGAAACUGAAACCGAAUAUGUUUAAUACAUGCCAAACAAACGAUAAUUGCUAAGCAAAAGGAAUUCUAAAAUUUGAAUAAAUAAAAAACUUUUGUAUUUGUGUGUGAAAUCGAAUAGA